GUUGACGGCAAACGUAACCAAAGCUUUGAAUUUGACCUCAUCUCACAACUCAUCUUGCAUUCAGAACCCAUCGCUUUCCCCCCAGAUCCCCCGAGCUUUGCACGCAAUGUCGACGACGCGUUUCUUCGCCUCACCACCUUAACAACCAAGUCAUCAUCAACAUCAACAACAACAACAUCACUGUAAAACCCUAAUCGACCCCCCCUCUUUCACCACCCUCUCUCACAGAUCUGCACAUCCAAACUCUCAAUUCGAACAGAGCUAGGUUUUGUUUAAACCCUCGGAGAAGGGAUGGUGAGGCCAUCAGAGAAUUGGGAUCGGCUGGUGCGAGCGACUUUGCAGAGAGAGAAGCAACGACAUGCGGGUAAAGGACACGAGAGAGCCCCUAGCGGGAUCGCCGGUUCGGUCCCGCCUUCGCUCACCCGGGCCACCAACAUCGACUUGAUCUUGCAAGCUGCCGACGAGAUUCAAUCCGAGGACCCCAAUGUUGCUCGAAUUCUUUGUGAGCAGGCAUAUACCAUGGCACAAACUUUGGACCCCAAUAGCGACGGUAGAGGUGUACUUCAGUUUAAGACUGGCUUGAUGUCUGUAAUCAAGCAAAAACUUGCCAAAAGGGAUGGCACUCGAAUAGAUCGUAAUCGUGAUAUUGAACGCUUUUGGGAAUUUUAUCAACUUUAUAAGCGACGGCACAGAGUGGAUGAUAUCCAAAGAGAGGAGCAAAAAUUUCGUGAAUCCGGAACUUUUAGUACUAACCUGGGAGACUUGGAAUUCAGAUCUUCAGAAAUGAAAAAGGUAUUUGCUACAUUGAGGGCCCUGGUUGAUGUGAUGGAAGCGCUGAGCAAAGAUGCAGCUCCUGAUGGAGUGGGAAGACUUAUAAGGGAGGAGCUAAGAAGGAUAAAGAAUUCAGAGGCAACAUUAUCAGGGGAGCUCACACCGUACAAUAUUGUUCCUUUGGAAGCACUAUCAAUUACAAAUCCUAUUGCAUUUUUUCCGGAAGUUAGAGGUGCAAUAUCUGCGAUUAAAUAUACUGAACACUUUGCUAGGCUUGGCCAACUUCGGUCACAAAUCUCUGCACCACGGGAUAUGGACAUGUUUGAUCUUCUGGAAUAUGUGUUCGGUUUUCAGAAAGACAAUAUAAGGAACCAGCGUGAGAAUGUUGUUCUCACUGUAGCAAAUGCGCAGUCACGACUUGGAAUCCCUGGUGAGGGUGAUCCGCAGAAAAUAGAUGAGAAAGCUAUCAAUGAAGUUUUCUUGAAGGUACUGGAUAACUACAUCAAAUGGUGCAAAUAUUUGCGGAUACGCCUUGUAUGGAAUAGUUUAGAAGCAAUUAAUCGGGAAAGAAAGCUCUUUUUGGUUUCUCUGUACUUCCUCAUAUGGGGUGAAGCUGCAAAUGUCCGUUUUCUUCCUGAAUGUAUUUGCUAUAUAUUCCACCAUAUGGCAAGAGAGUUAGAUGCAAUAUUGGACCACGGUGAAGCUACUCCAGUGGCUAGUUGUAUGGGCGAAAAUGAUUCAGUGUCCUUCCUUGAGCAAAUCAUUUGUCCCAUAUAUGGGACAGUGGCAAAGGAAGCUGAGGAAAACAAUAAUGGGAAAGCCUCACACUCGUCCUGGAGGAAUUAUGAUGAUUUUAACGAAUAUUUCUGGUCACCUGGUUGCUUUGAGUUGGGCUGGCCUAUGAAAAGGGAUUCAUCAUUUUUGAUGAAGCCCAAAAAGAGGAAAAGGACUGGGAAAAGCUCUUUUGUUGAGCAUCGGACAUUUCUUCACUUGUAUCGAAGUUUUCAUCGUAUGUGGAUUUUUUUGGUUGUAAUGUUCCAGAUGCUGACAAUCAUAGCCUUCCACGGUGGGAAAAUUAAUCUCGAUACUUUUAAAGCUGUACUUAGUGUUGGACCAACUUAUACAAUCAUGAACUUCAUUGAGAGUUGUUUAGAUGUCCUGCUUACAUUUGGAGCUUACAGCACAGCAAGAGCCAUGGCUAUCUCUAGGCUGGUUAUUAGGUUUUUCUGGUUUGGGUUGAGCUCUGCAUUUGUGACAUAUCUUUAUGUGAAGGUUGUGGAGGAAAGCAAUAAGUCGACGUCCGAUUCAUUUUAUUUUCGGAUUUAUAUUCUUGUGUUGGGUGUUUAUGCCGGUCUACGCCUAGUUUUUUCAAUGUUACUUAAAUUUCCGGUUUGUCAUUCAUUGUCCGCAAUGACUGAUCAAUCAUUCUUUCAAUUUUUCAAGUGGAUUUAUGAGGAGCGAUACUUUGUGGGCCGUGGCCUAUAUGAAAGAACCACUGAUUAUUUAAGGUAUGUGCUCUACUGGUUGGUGAUUUUUGCAUGCAAAUUCACAUUUGCCUACUUUCUCCAGAUUAAACCAUUGGUCAGUCCCACCCAAAUUAUUACACAUCUUCCAUCACUUACGUACUCGUGGCAUGAUUUGAUGUCAAAAAACAAUAAUAACUUUUUGACCAUUGCUAGCCUGUGGGCUCCUGUUGUGGCUAUCUAUCUGAUGGACAUUCACAUAUGGUACACUCUCUUAUCCGCCGUUGUUGGUGGUGUGAUGGGUGCACGUGCUCGGUUGGGUGAGAUACGUUCACUUGAAAUGGUACAUAAACGCUUUGAGAGUUUUCCAGAAGCCUUUGUCAAGAACCUUGUGUCUCCGGAAACAAAAAGGAUGCCUUCAAGUACACACUCAUCUCAGGUUCCUGAAGAUAGCAAUAAGACAUAUGCAGCAAUAUUUUCCCCAUUUUGGAAUGAGAUAAUUAAUAGUUUGCGUGAGGAAGAUUUCAUCAGUAAUCGGGAGAAGGAUUUGCUUUCUAUGCCUAGCAACACUGGCAGUCUCAGAUUGGUUCAAUGGCCUUUGUUUCUUCUAAGCAGCAAGAUCUUGUUGGCAAUUGAUUUAGCUUUGGACUGCAAAGAUACACAAGCGGAUCUUUGGAAUAGAAUAAACAGGGAUGAAUAUAUGGCAUACGCAGUUCAGGAGUGCUAUUACAGCAUUGAAAAAAUUUUACAUUCCCUGGUUGAUGGUGAAGGCAGACUUUGGGUUGAUAGGAUCUUUCGUGAAAUCAACAAUAGUAUAUUGGAGAAUUCACUUGUUAUAACCUUAACUCUUAAAAAGCUUCCGCUGGUGCUGCAGAGAUUUACGGCAUUGACUGGGCUUCUGACCCAGAAUGCAACUCCUCAACUUGAAAAAGGUGCUGCUAAUGCCGUGUACGAACUUUAUGAGGUUGUUACACAUGAUCUGUUGUCAUCUGAUUUAAGGGAGCAGCUUGAUACAUGGAAUAUAUUAGCAAGGGCAAGAAAUGAAGGGAGACUCUUUUCUAGGAUAGAAUGGCCCAAGGAUCCUGAAAUUGUGGAGCAGGUGAAGCGGUUGCACUUACUUCUUACUGUAAAAGAUUCUGCAUCUAAUAUUCCAAAAAAUCUUGAAGCAAGAAGAAGAUUACAGUUUUUCACGAAUUCAUUAUUUAUGAAAAUGCCUUCAGCGAAGCCAGUUUCUGAAAUGAUGCCAUUCUGUGUAUUCACCCCAUACUACAGUGAGACUGUACUUUAUAGUUCCUCUGAGCUACGGGUUGAAAAUGAGGAUGGGAUAUCUACUCUUUUCUAUCUACAGAAGAUUUUUCCAGAUGAAUGGGAUAACUUUUUGGAACGGAUUGGUCGAAGAGAUAGUGGGGAUGCAGAACUUCAAGAAACUGCUUCCUUGGAGCUUCGGUUUUGGGCAUCGUAUCGAGGCCAGACUUUAGCUAGGACAGUACGUGGCAUGAUGUACUAUAGAAGGGCAUUAAUGUUACAGAGUUUCCUGGAAAGAAGAUCUCCGGGAGAGGAUGAUUUUUCUCAAGCAAAAGUCCUAACAUCACAAGGUUUUCAGUCUUCCUUUGAAGCGCGGGCACAAGCUGACUUAAAGUUCACUUAUGUUAUUUCUUGCCAAAUUUAUGGGCAACAAAAACAGCGCAAAGCUCCAGAGGCGGCUGAUAUUGCUCUUUUGUUGCAAAGGAAUGAGGCACUUCGUGUUGCUUUCAUACAUGUGGAGGAGAGUGGUGCAGCUGAUGGAACGGUUUUAAAGGAAUUCUAUUCAAAGCUUGUUAAAGCUGAUGUACAUGGGAAAGAUCAGGAAAUAUAUUCCAUUAAACUUCCUGGAGAUCCAAAACUUGGAGAAGGGAAGCCUGAGAACCAAAAUCAUGCUGUAGUCUUUACUCGUGGAGAAGCUGUUCAAACCAUUGACAUGAAUCAGGAUAACUAUCUUGAGGAGGCAAUGAAAAUGAGAAAUCUUCUAGAGGAAUUUCGGGCGGAUCAUGGCCUUCGACAUCCAACUAUUCUUGGUGUUAGAGAGCAUGUGUUCACAGGAAGUGUCUCAUCUUUAGCUUGGUUUAUGUCCAAUCAAGAGACUAGUUUUGUGACCUUGGGCCAGCGAGUUUUGGCAAAUCCACUUAAAGUUCGUAUGCACUACGGACAUCCAGAUGUCUUUGAUCGAAUCUUUCAUAUAUCUCGAGGUGGCAUUAGUAAAGCAUCACGUGUUAUUAAUAUUAGUGAAGAUAUAUAUGCAGGGUUUAAUUCCACAUUAAGGCAGGGUAACAUUACGCACCAUGAAUACAUUCAGGUUGGAAAGGGAAGAGAUGUUGGGUUGAAUCAAAUUGCCUUAUUUGAAGGUAAAGUUGCUGGUGGAAAUGGAGAGCAAGUUCUGAGCAGGGAUGUAUAUAGACUUGGACAGCUUUUUGACUUCUUUAGAAUGCUUUCUUUCUUCUUCACAACUGUCGGUUAUUACGUGUGCACAAUGAUGACCGUUCUUACAGUAUAUGUAUUCUUAUAUGGAAGAGCUUACCUGGCUUUCUCUGGUCUUGAUGAAGGAAUUUCAAAGACAGCUAAAAUGCUGGGUAAUACUGCACUGAAUGCAGUUUUAAAUGCUCAAUUCUUGGUCCAGAUUGGAAUUUUUACUGCCGUUCCAAUGAUAAUGGGUUUCAUUCUUGAAAUGGGAUUGCUGCAGGCGAUUUUCAGCUUCAUUACAAUGCAGCUUCAGCUAUGUUCUGUCUUUUUCACAUUCUCAUUAGGAACUAGAACUCAUUAUUUUGGACGUACUAUCCUCCAUGGUGGUGCAAAAUACAGAGCAACAGGCAGAGGCUUUGUUGUACGUCACAUCAAGUUUGCUGAUAAUUACAGGCUUUAUUCAAGAAGUCAUUUCGUCAAGGCGCUCGAAGUAGCACUGCUGCUUAUAGUUUACCUCGCAUAUGGGUACACGGAGGGUGGUGCUGUAUCUUUCGUUCUGCUGACUCUCAGCAGUUGGUUCCUUGUCAUCUCGUGGCUGUUUGCUCCUUAUAUCUUCAACCCCUCUGGUUUUGAGUGGCAAAAGACUGUCGAAGAUUUUGAUGAUUGGACUAGUUGGCUUCUGUAUAAAGGUGGAGUCGGUGUAAAGGGAGAAAGUAGCUGGGAAUCAUGGUGGGACGAAGAACAGAUGCAUAUCCAAACAUUGAGAGGCCAGAUACUUGAAACAAUUUUAAGCUUGAGGUUUUUGCUUUUUCAAUAUGGUAUUGUAUACAAACUCCAUGUCACGGCGAAGGACACAUCACUUGCGCUUUAUGGCUUUUCUUGGAUUGUACUGGUCGGAAUUGUUAUGAUAUUCAAGAUCUUCACAUAUAGCCCAAAGAAAUCAACCAACUUCCAGCUAAUGAUUCGGUUUUUGCAAGGAGUUACAUCCUUGGGACUCAUUGUAGCUCUUUGCCUUGUUGUUGCCUUUACAAACCUUUCAAUUCCAGACUUGUUCGCUAGCAUUCUCGCGUUUAUUCCUACUGGAUGGACCAUUUUAUGUCUGGCGAUUACAUGGAAGAGAAUAGUAAGAAGCCUAGGCUUAUGGGAUUCAGUGCGGGAGUUUGCGAGAAUGUAUGAUGCCGGGAUGGGUAUGAUCAUUUUUGCGCCCAUCGCUGUGUUGUCUUGGUUCCCAUUUGUUUCCACCUUCCAGUCUCGCUUACUCUUCAAUCAAGCAUUUAGUCGUGGGCUUGAGAUCUCCCUCAUCCUUGCCGGGAACAAAGCUAAUGUUGAGGUCUAAUUAUCAACUUAUAUUUUAUGGGAAAGGAUGGCAAUGGUUCCAACCCUGUAAAAAGAUUGUGAAACUGAGCUUGAACCCUAUUUUUUUUUUUGUAAAUUAUUGGUAGCCAACAUGCCUGCACAUGUAUAGAUGGUUUUGGGAGAAUGGUGGAGUUAGUGUAUUUGAUUCUUAUCGGCUUGCAAUGAAUAUGAAUUUUGUUUGCUUUUUGCUUGCUUA